AUGGCGACAUACUACAACAACCACCACAACAACUACUACUCCUCCUACUCCUACUACUGGGAGUGCCUCUCCAGCUUCUCCAUGCCGCUCCACCUCUUCUUCUUCAUCGCCAUCCUCUUCUUCGUCCUGGGCUUCUCCUGGUACAUCAACUACGAGUCCGCUUUCGAGGACCUGAUGAACCAACUCAAGCUUUUCCUCAUCCUCUCCCCGCUCCUCUUGCUGCUCCUCGUCCACUGCCUCUCCGCCGGCGGUGGUGGUGGCGGGGGUUUCUCUCUGUACAUCCCGUUGCCGGAGAGGGACUCCCUCCACCGCGCCGGCGGGUCACCGUGGGGAGUUGCGCUGCUGCUCGUCUUCCUUUUGUAUAUGAUCUCUUACCAGUCUUCCCUCCAAGAACGAUGGUUCCCUCUGCUUGCCAGAUGA